UCGAUCGAACGAAUACUCUGGAUGUGCAUUUAUAAGAAUAAUUUGGGUCACAAAAAAUGAAAGCAUUUAGUUCGUGAAAGUGAGGGCGCUGCAUUAAGCAGUUACCUUCAGUUUGCUAGUUAUAUCUAUUCAUUGACAUCUAGUUCUUGUCAGUAGUAAUAUUUUUUUAAAGUGAUUUUCCAUUUGUUUUUAUUUUUGUCAGUUCUUUAUUGUCCUAUUUAUAUUACAAUGUAAUAUCUCGUGUUUUUGUGUCUUAUUAAUUGACUAAAUACACGCAAGACAUUGGGUACAAAAAUAUUCGAUUUCUUUUUUAUAGUUUAUUAAAUCAAAGUAAUAUAAUAAAACUGCUAAUUUAAUAAAAAAAUAAAUUAUGGCAGCGAAUUAUUAUUUUGCUAUUAUUGGUUAUGAAGACAAUCCAUUAUUUGAAAUAGAAUUUAACAAUUCUAGUAAGGAUGCUAAGAAAGAAGAUCAUACACAUUUGAGUCAAUUCAUAGCUCAUGCAGCACUUGAUCUUGUCGAUGAGCAUACAUGGAAAACAACAAAUAUGCAUUUUAAAGUUGUAGAUAAAUUUAAUCAAUGGUUUGUAAGUGCAUUUGUAACAGCAACACAUAUACGAUUCGUUAUGGUACAUGAUAGUAAAAACGAAGAUGGAAUUAAAAAUUUUUUUAAUGAAAUGUAUGAGACAUACAUAAAGUAUUCCAUGAAUCCUUUUUAUAAAUUAAAUACACCUAUAAAAUCUGUUGGUUUUGAAAAAAAGGCACAGUUAUAUGGCAGAAAAUAUUUAUCUUCGUAAUAAAUUUCAUUAAAUAUUAUAAUAAUCCAUUUCUUCUUAUUUUUAAAUUAUAUUAUUUAAAUACUAUAUACAUUUUUUUGAUUUAAUACUAUUUAGGAAUCCUCAACAUUCGAACGAACAAUAACUGUUCAUUUUUAUUCCAAUUCCA